UGCUGACCCUAACACAGGAGGAGGGUUAUGCAUGCAGCAGACACACCACAUCCCUAUAGCUUUUAUUCAGACUCAGGUUUGAAUUCAUGCUCACUUUUUCUAAACAGCCAUAUCACUGUCCACAACCUCAAAGAUGAAGCUGCUUCCUAUAGUUAGUUUAAGUUCAUUUAAAACAGUCUGUGAAAAAAAGGCAAAGAGGGCUGCAUUUUUCACUUCACAUGCUUCCAUUAAAAUCUUUAAAAAUAUAUCUAAAAGCUAAAGAGGCUUAAAGAGGGUUAGUAUUUUUAGAGCACUGUACAGUACACCUUGCAACAAGCUCUUGUUUAUGUAGUGAGUCAGUGGUUUUAGGUGGUGGUAGGAGGUGUAGUGACAGGUGCAGAUGCCAGGUAACUGACAUAAUGCAAUGAGACAAGGCAAUGAGUCACCCCAACCCUCAGCAAGCUUCUCUGCUUAAACUGCAGCGGCUCCAUACCAUCACCUAUUUAUAGCCAUCCUACAGCACUGACAGGAGGGGAAAUCUGUCUUUGUUUGAGCUCUGUUUUGCUUAGAAGCACACCAAAACCAUAAAUCCUCUGCUGUUCGAUAAAUGUUCUAAUCCGUUUAAAGGAAAGAGCUUAAACAUAGAAGGCACAUUGAAUUGUUGAUUCUUCAUAUUGCACCAAUAUGAGGGAAAAACAUCCCUCCAAACCAUACAGCAGUCAUACCUGGUAUACUUACAAACACUACACCAGAUCACCAUGUCAUUCAUCGGCACUGCGAAUUUUCAAACAGAAAUUCUGUCAGGUAUUAUUUUUAAAAGUAAUCUAUUAUCUUCUCAAAGGGUCAAGAUCCUAGAAUCAAAUCACGGCUGUUAUCCAUCUACAGAUCAAUAAUGCAAACAAUGGACAUAGCUGUUUUAUUUUUUCUUUUUUUUUUCAUAAGCUGGCACAGCAUCACCACAUUAGAGGAAAUCCAUCAUAUUAAUGAUCCAGGGGCCACUUCAUUAUUCACAGAGAAGCAGCUCGCCAGUCCAAAUAAAUUAUCAUUGGUAUUCCAUUAAUGGAAGUUUUCAAAUCUUGCCACGGAGGAUGCCAUUAAUCUGUGCACGCCGUCUCUCUCUGGAGUGUGAUAGUCUGCCACUGUACCACUGCCAGUGAUCUGUGAAGAUGAGAAGCUCCUCACCGUCCUCAUUCACUUUCCUUCUGUGAGAGGAAGUCCAACUAUGAUCGACGUUAACUACAGCAGCCGCAGACUGGCUCGCUCCCAAGUUGCACACUUUGCAUUUUUUAUGCUCUGCUAAAGGGAUAUGUGGGUACAGGUGAAGGGUAGAGCUCCAAAGUGGUACUUCUGUCUGAAACCAUGGAUGACAAAGUCCGACCUCUCCCCUCCUGAUGGAGCGCUCUCAGCUAAUUCGACAGAUAUUGCUUUUGUGUGUUGGAGAACUGUAGAGCUUCUGCUGAUCCCUCGGGCCUCCUUGCACAUCCACUGCUCCUGUUUUGCCCCCCCAAAUGGGCUAACAUCCAAACACACCCUGCUAAUAUUCUGAUUGAACAUUUGUCCAAGGACCUUGAAAAGUCACGUACUGUGCAACUUUCAAACACUUUAAUGGAAUUGCUUCUCAUAACGUUGGCAUUCACUAACUAUUAUGUUUUUUCAUUAUGACAACCUACUGUAGGAGUCAAACUCAUUUUCAUUUCCUCUGGAUGCAAGCAGGCAAUAAAUCCAUUUCUUUUAAUGCCCUGCAGACCGCCCUGCUUUACUAUCAGAGCUCAACAAAUGACUAAAGUGAAGUUUGGUAAUAUUGCUGUGUGAAAUUAAUUCUGUGGGGGCCUAAUAGCAGAGUUUAAUGGUAAACAAACCCAGCCUUACAAAAGAGCUUUUGUCUGCUCUAAAGCUUCUUUUGAAGAAACAUCCACUGCCUGAAAGUGCUCAGCUGUAUCUGUUAUUUAUUCUCCCACCUACCUACUAUCUUAUUCAUCACCAGCUUGACUCGGCAUACUCUCUUUUUCUCUCUUUCUCUCUCCCUCUUCCUCUAACAGUAAGAUGCUGUCAUAUCCUUCCUGGCCAGCUCACUGUACACUGAGUCAGAUGAUGAAUACGAGGCACACGUUAGCUCUUCAAAUGUGUUUUUCUUUUUUUUUUUCCGUUAAAGGCUUGCAGCAUGACUCCAGGCCUGGAAGGAGGUUUAAUUUCUGCCCCUGCCAAAUCCCUCCCAUAUGCCAAACCUCCUCCUGCUCCUGCACCUGAACCUGUCACUGCAGGGAUUGAAGUCCUGCAGUUCCCUGCAAACUGACCUCUGCGGCCAGAUGGACAAGGAUCUCAUGUCUGAAAAAAACACCUGCGACCAAAAAUACUUGUAAAGAGAUACAAAUUAAAAAAGUGGUUGAAUCAUUCUGACUUUUAAAAAAGUGAUUUGAAAUUGUUUGAAAAAAGAAUACCACUUCUGGUUUACACCGAUGACACCAUCUCAUACAUUCCUAUGAAUGGGCUGGACAGUUUAGACCAACACUUAUGUGUAGACCUCUCAAAACUUCCUUAAAUCUAAUUAUGAUGAACAAAAAAGGCCAUGUUCGCCACACCUAAUUCUUUUAACAUGCAAUCAAUGAGAAAUCAAUGAUGCAAGUGUUUUAUUGAACUUGGGUCUGUGUUUAGAUGUCCAGUUUAAGGUUCAAUCAUGUUUCUUUAAAUUUAAGUUAAAGCCCCUAUAAGAGAUUUUUGACUUCUAUGAAUGCUUUGAUGUUUUUUCAUGGUAUUCAACAGCAAACCAGACCAUCACUGCCAAGACUGAUGGUUUAUUAUGUUCUGGUUUUAAUUGGCUGAAACUAGUCCGAGAGGGGAGUAGUCAGCUGAGCAGAUAAACACACAGCCCUGUUUUUACACUUUUUAAUUAACAUAUUCUCAAAAGAAUUAUAUAUAUAUAUCGAUGUCUCAAGUCAGUAGGAUGAGAUUUUGUGUCAAAAAUCACCAUUCAAGCAGGUAGAGGUCAAGAUCGGCAAAGACUUCUUGGAUUGUGAGGCACCAAAAUGUACAGAAACAAGAAGUUCUUUACAGAAGCUUUAAGAUACAAAAAUGAAAUACAUUUCAUCCUUAAAAUUAAACUUAAACUGUGUACGGCUGCAGCAUUUCUAACUUUGUCAUACAAUGACAAUAAAGGGCUUUCUAUUUCUGAAAGGGGUGUCUCUGCUUUUUCUUAAGAGUGGUUUUAUGAGAUUUUUGUCAAAAAACAGUAAUUCAGCUCUGACUUUUUAUUGAAUACCAGGCCUGAGAGGCACAAAAGCGAGACAGUCAACCACUGCAGACACAAUCAGUUUCACCUUACAGUUGUGCUCUUUUUAAAGUAAGUUCAACCUCUAUGGCGCUGGUGUAGUUUGGUAGUUAAGGCGCAUGUCCCAUUUACAGCAUCUCUAGUCAUCCAUCAUCACAGCAGUUGCAGGUUUGACUUGUGGUCAUGUCUCUUUGCUGCAUGCUGCAUAUUUUCUGCCUUUCUAUAUUAAGCCUUACCCUCAGAAAGCCUCUUUGUUUUAGUACUGUUCGCAGAUGCAACAUCAUCCAGCUCAAUGCUAGCCUUUUUGUUUGGCCUCUUCUCCUUUUCCCUAUUGAUUUUAAAAUUUUAUAGAUGGCCUUCCGGGUCCCUACAUGACCAGACACCUGCUAAUAUCAAAGCCUUACCCCCACAAAAGAGCCUAUAGGCGACCUCUUCCUGCAGCUGAUAGAGGUUUUUGGUUGUACCAGCCUGGAGGUUGACUAAGAGCUAUCAGCCUUUUGCAGACUAGGUGCCCAGACUCUGAAAUAACUUGCCAGUUUGCAAAAGCUGCUUUCCAAUCUCUGAAAAUACUUUGGAUUUAGUUUAUUUCCAUGUUUAUUGUUGUAUUUUGUAUCACUAAAGAAAAGUGAUUAUAUUUAGCUUCACAUCCUGAUUUAACUGUGUAUUUAUAUUUUUUUUCAUCACUCCAACAGGCUGUUUCUGUGUCAGAGGUGCACCUGUUGGCAUACGUUUUGUUUAAGUGUUUAAUCAGACAGGAAAUAAAGCACAGAACAUCCAUGUGGUAAAAGCCGCUUAAAUCCCCCCUUUUCUUCCCAAAAGCCGACUAGGCCAGAUCAAAUUAAGUGCUUUGAUACUUUCCCUGCCAAUCGGAUUAGCCUGAUGAAUUCCCAAAAGUGUUUAAAUGAUUAAAGCUGGUUAAUGGGUCUCAGGAAAGUUCACGGUGUCAGGAGUUGGCUGCAAUAUCAAACAGGAGUGGAGGAAAGAGUCAAUAGAUGGAAACUGUAAGAACAUUUUCUACCUCAGUGUUGCUCUUUGUCAGCCGUCGGCACCUGAUUACCUGCCUAUUUAGCUGUAAUCAUCCUUUUUUGUUGUUGGAAAUUAUAAGACUCUGAGGGAGGAAUGCUUGACAAAUAGUGCAUCUGUUAUGUGGUGACACAGUGCCUAAAUAUAGAGCGGAAAAUAGAGCAGGAAAAGGGGCGCAGUGAGGACCAUAAAUAUUCACAGUCCAUCCAAAGUAAAGAGCCUGGUUCAAGGAAACAUUUCUCUCAGAAAGUGUGCUCAUUGAGUGACACACUCAAGAUGAAGAUGUAGAUCUUUCUGUGUCACACUUUGAUAUGGAUCUUUGUUAAAAAAUAAUAUUCAGAAUCAGGAUUUGAAGGCUGAUGGAUAGAAGGAGGAAAAAAACAGGAAUAAUGGAUAAACGGUUGCAGGUUCUGCUCCCCUCCUCACCCCCUCUUGUAAUAUACUCGUCUCCUGAGGGAGUGGUAUCCAUCAUGGAGACGGCGGGGCUGUUAUGCCACAUCGCCUUAUGCAUGUGAACACAAGGUGACUCUGUGUAGGAGAGAAUGAAACGCAGCUCAUGUGUGCCCAGUCUUAUAAAUGCAGCCCCAUGUUCCCCCCAUAAAGUGUCCAUCAGCACCUUAAUGCAUAUCUCCCAGUGAAAGUGACAGAGCCUGGGCUUGCACAUUAUUAACUCCAGACAUUUUUAUGAGCCUGUGGAAAAGAGUGCUCCCUCUGAAUAAGAUAUGUGUCCAGUGUUCAGAGGCUGUAUAUCAGUCGUUUAGUUUUUGGCAUGGCGUUACAGCCUCUGAUAGGUGCUGAUUUCAAUGUUUACAUCAGUCGGAAGUGCGGAAAACAACACUGUAAAUACUGUAGUUAUGUCAUGAUUAUUCUCUGGGGGGAUGAAAAUAAAUGAGGCUUAGAUUUCAUGAGUGGAAUCUAUUAUGUUGCUUGUUUGCCUGCAUGGGAAAUACAUCCAUAUUAAUGAUGUAAACAGUGUUUAGAGUGAUAAAUUGUGGCAUGGAAAUCAUAAGCAGCUUAGGAGAGAGGGGUUAAAGGCACCACCAAAUUGGCAGGCUCAUGAUAAAUGCAUGGGAUUUGCCUGAAAUAUUAAUCAAAUAUAAAUGUGCAAUGAAUUUAAUAACGGCUUAUUCUAUUUCUGGAACCAAUUCAGAACCGGGCACAGUUCUGCAGGGAUAAGGAAAUUAAGGUAAAUGGAAGCAUUUUUUCAGUAAGAGGGAAUAAAAGCUGAAUUAUGCGAGGAAGGGGGAUCCUAAAAUUAAUGCAGCAGAAGAAGAGCUUUAUGAAAAAUGACCUGUGAAGUUCUGUGCUGUGUUGUAUAGCUACACGAAGUGGGCGUUCUCAGCAGGGAGGAAUAACACUCAAACUGCAAUUCAGUUGUGCAAGUUAUACAAGCGGUGCAAUUAUUCAAUGAGCCAAAUGAGCUUGAGGAACGCUUGCUCAUGUAAUCCAAAACAGUAGCUCUGACAGGAGGCAACCAACCUCUUUGUAAAGACUCUGCUUAUGCAAUGACACAAAAUAGUGCAACCUCAGGAGGGGGCGUAAAACCACCAGCCAGCGCAUGAGACACCAGGCUUGAGAUAGACGCCUAAGCAAUGUAGGGAGAGUUGGCAAAUGUCAAAUCCGUGGUCGGUAUUCAAGUGUACAUCGCGCCUCGCAUUUCCACUCAGUUAUCUGGAGUCAGCUGAGCCUGUGCCGGAGUUGUUUGGCGCCUGAGCUCGGUGCCACACUGUGCGUAAAAUCUACCUGUCAGACGCAGCAGCGGUGCCAUGGCGAGAGGAGCCCCGCGAGCAAAGUCCGUUCACACGGAAUAACUUCCUUUUCCACGGAUGCCACAUGUUGUAAGGAGAGCUGCGAUGGCAGUUUACCUUAACUGAUAACGUGAAGUAGGAAGGAGCGUCAGUCUGUCUCUAUAUAGACUCAGUUGCGCGGAGGAACGAUGCUGAGCAAGGCUGCGGGAGGAUUGCACACUGAAGGUAAGAUGUUUUUCUGAAGAUUUUUGGCUUCAAGUAUCCCAAAAUCGUUUUAAGAAUGAUUAUAGUGAGGCAAAUACCAGAUGUCUCUUCUAAACAAUCUGUCAAACAGCGCAAAUUGGAGGAUUUCCUUUACAAGCAAGUCGAGAAUUUGCAAAUGAAAUUUUUAUAGUGUUAUGUGGGUACAAAGAAGAUGUGAUGUCAUCAAAAUAAGGACAAACGUGUCUGUGAGUGAGGGAAAAAGAGUGAUUGUACUGUUUAUACUGUUUAUAAAGACGAAAGAGGAGGUAAAAGAGAGACAGAGAGUGCUGUAUGUGCUCGCAACCAUUAAUAAUUGUUGAGUCUGAGCACACUCUCACAUGCGCUAAGUGCACAUCAUCUCUUGUCAGAUUAAUUAUUUGUGGUUGUGGGAUGUGGUUUUUGUUGUGUAAUGUAGUGUGUAAUGGAAUUCCCCGUUAUCUGGAGAGUGGCUCAGCCUCUGAGGCAUUUAGGGAUGGAGACCGCAGGUCUGCGUUGAAGAUAUGAGCCUCGGUCUUUGGUGUGAGUGGGCUCAGACAGAAGCGCUGCCUGGCCCACUUUCUUCAUGCUUCUCUGCUCCAAACAGCUCUGGGACCCACAGGCGCUGCACGAGCUUCUGUUCCCUCAGGGUCACGGGGACCAAAGGUCUACUGCAGAACUAUAUUUCUUCACGGAAGCCCAAGAAAGCGUUUCACACUCAGGCUCCUAUAAUACUUCCACUAAAAGCAAUUCUCUUCUCUUCUUGAAACUUAUUUUCACCCCAAGCAAUUUAUACUCAAAGCAUAAAGUGACUCUAACUGCUUUUCUACUUGUAUCAUUAUGGUAGUUGCACAUUUUCCUUAUUAUCCUGGUACAAAAGGUGAAAAUUAUUCAUUCAAUGGAUUUGAUCAUUGUUGGCCAAAGAUGCCCCAGACUUUCAAAAUAAAACAGUGCACCGAAAACAGACAUAAUGGACAGAAUCACAAAGUCUCAAAUAAGUGGACCUGUUGCUUUAUGACCUCUACUGACAGAUGAGCUGUGUUGAUGUUUUUACUCCGACAGCAUAAAAGAUGGAGUAGAUGAUGGCAGGACAAAGUGAAGCCAAAAGAUUUUGAGCUCCCCCUACAGACCUGCUGUUGUACAAGUCAGAUUGUUUUUCCAUGUGAGUAAGAUAAGGGUUAAACUAAAAAAAAUAGAAACAUUUACCCAUUGGAAUUUUUUCAAAUAUGGUUUCUAAGUAAGUUGUGAUUAUCCUGUUUUAUAACCCGAAAUAUAAUGUUCUUAGACAACUAUUUUCAGUCAGUUACUUGAUGCUUAAAAAAGGCAUUACAACUAUGGUUGUUAAAUGAUUUAUUUACAUGACAGUCCAGUUCACUCAGGAUUAAAAGCAGAGACUGUAUAUACUAUGGACAACUUGGUUCCGUCUCCCGUCUGUAUAGGGAUUUGAAGCCAAAAAGCUCUCGGUAUUUACGCGAUUUUUCUUCAUUUCCUGAAACCAGCAUUGCGCAGUAGUGUUGUGCGCAUUCAGCGAGAGAGUCGCUGAGAUGAUGCUUGGCUCAAACAGUGUAUCCCUUGGGUGAGCUAUGCAAUCCUUGUACCCACAUAGGCUGUAUCAGGUGUCAAUUAACGAAAACAUGAACCCCCUAAUAACUUUUAAAAAUUGAGCUUCACAGAAAAAAAGAGGACUUGAGCACAAACCAGUCUUACAUUAACUAUAUGUCAACAUCACAAGCAGGGAGGAGAAAAAUGUACGUUCUGUGUAAUUAAUUUUUAAAUUUGUCCACAGCCCCAUAAGCUUUGCUGAGGGAGGCGGGAUUUAUGACCUAUACUGCAGCCCAUCAACAGAGGGUGCUGUUCUCGGAGUGGCUUCACCCAGCGAGGAGGCAGACGCUGUCCAUUCUAUAUACAGUCUAUGAUUAAAAGUAAAUUUAUCAUUGCUUUGAUCAAAACAGAAUAGGAAAAUAAGUAUGCUUUAUGGAAUUGCGUUAUUAUUAUUACGUUAUUCUACUUCCCAAAACAGUGUCACUGUCAAGAAAAAAAUCUCCUAAAUAGCCCUAAAGGUACUGCAUGCACCAAAACAUGACCAAGUCAAGCCCAACCAGCAACAACAGAGGCCCUGACUUUAACAUGACAGAAUAAUACUAACAAUAAUACCAACUCAACACUGUGAAAGAUUAAGUAAACAAAUGAAGUAAGCUCCUAUCAUGGGGACAGUUUAGCAUCACUUUUGUAGAUAGAGAGGGUGGAGACAUAACAUCUGUCUUUGUAUACAGCAAACAUUUUAACCACAAAGCCUUAAUUUCAUACUCAUCUUUCACUCACCUCUCAUAGUCUUAAGCUGUAUGUUCAGCUAAAACCAGAGGCCAGAUCACUUACAGUCAAAGUGAUCAGUUUUCAGUGCAAAGUAAAGCACCACCUGCCACACUUUCCUCAGUUUUUAAUGUAGGCAGCAGAGACGUUUGGAAAAUAUUCCCCCCCUGUGUGUUUGUAUGAAUCUGGAGGUGUGAGAUGCAACAGUUAAACAUACAGCAGAUGGUGAUUUUCCGGCUCAGAUUGGCUUUUGAGAGGAAUGCAGGUCUCUGAACAGGAUGAAAUUUUCUGUCUACUGGAUUCAUGUACUAGAUUAUUGUUGCGCAAAAAGCCUAAUGCUGAUUAUGACUGAAAUGCUUGUUACUGCUUUCUGUUUUAGUUUUCAUCAUCCAAAUUUAACUGUGACCAUUCUUGAUAUUUAUCUACAGCUACCAGACUGCCAAAUCUUCUUUGGACCGCCCCCUCUGAUCCUCUAGACGUUUGAAUGUGCCAACAUGGAGAGCCUCAGUGAGCUCCAGAACCCUCUGCUCGACAAAAACAGCAAACAUGUAGUGCAAAAUGACUAUCAGGGCCACCAAUGCAACUACCCAAGCCAGCCUUACCAGGAUGGCCUCAUUGGGUACUACUGCACCGGGACUAAUGGCAAGCAUAAGACUCAACAGUACCUGGAUGCUACAUCCCUGCAUUUGGCUGUGGAGGCUUUCUACAGGCCCAACUUUAUCCUGUACAAAGAUGACGUGAGUCUGCACAGCAAGGACUCCAAGAGUGAGAGCUUUGAGACCACAUUCACAGAGAGUAAGGACGCUGUGGUGGAUGCAGUUUCCACUGAAAACAACCCGGACAGCACACAGGGAGAGAAGGAUGCGAAGAUCCAGACGGUGUCAUACGAUGUGGAGGAGGAGCAGGGUCCCGAGUACGAGGUCAGAGUUCAUUCUCUGGGAACAAAACUGGCAUAGAUACUUUCAUCUGCAGUUUUUUAGUGGUGAAAUCUGCUGGAGCGUCUACAGUCAGAGUUCAGCCUGAUGCAGAAUUAGUGAUGAUAAAAAGUUUCACACUUCUGCUGCAGCUAUAAUAGGAUAAUAAUAAUCACUCUGACUACACACACUAAAGCAAAAAAUGACAAAGUAAGAGCUGUUUGACAGGCUCCGAUAGAAUAAGAAGAUUGAGUUUCUUUAUGAAAUUAAAGGCGCUGUAACACUUACUCAUAACCGUCAGAGUCAUCUUUCAGCAGAGAGUGAGUCACGGUGCAUACAGAGAGGCUUAUUAUUUCAUUUUAAUAGACUUUCACUGUGAUUCACACCCUUCUCGCUCUGUUCUCUAAAUGGUCAAUUUACUUGAGUCUUUGAAAUCUAUUGUGGAGUAAUGGUUCAGUUUUGUUUUAAAAUUACAUCCUGGGAAAAUGACACAUCUAAGAUCACCUAUACUAAGCUUUCUGUUCUAUAAUGGCUGUGAAACCAUGGCAGGAAAAGAGUUAAGUCUUUUAAGCAGUGUUUAAAACCUCAUUUCAUCCGCAGCAUAUCUGAAACGCUGAGGGCUCAGAGCUGGGAGCAGAAGAAGUAUAGCAACUAUAGCAACAUCUGACGCGCCAGCUCUUGUCACUUGGAGGCCCAGCAGAUAGAUAGAGACGUGGGGGCUACUGCCAUUAAUGCGAUAAGUAAUGCCCUGUUGUGAGGGUAUUAGGCAGGGCUGUGCUGAUGCAGGGUUGUCAGAGCAGGUGAGCCUGGAGCCAAAGUUAUUCCACAUCAAACUGAAGGAGGGAAUGGAUCGGAUGUGAACAGUGCUCUAGUUUCCAGAUGCAAUAUGAGACUUUCUAUUCAGCACCUGCAUCUCUCUACUUUUCAUUCUUGUGUCUCUGCAUCCCUGUGCCUAUUUUUAUCAGAGUUAGAAUAAGUUAGAAAGAGCAGGGCAGAGAAGGUUUCAGACAUAUUCUCAACUUUCAGGAUGUGACAUGUCACAUCUCACUAUAAUACAGGAGACAGCAGACCACAGGAGGAACAAAUAUAAAUACCGUACAACACCUUUCUACCUAGCAACAGGAUGGACCAACAAUCUGACAGGGGUGUGUCUAGGAGGUGCAGAGGGGUGGCAUCAGCCCCAAUUGAGAUGGGCCACCCCAGAAACCAAUUUUUAAAACUAUACUGACCUGUGUUGCAUCAUGCUGUGACUAGCCUCUGCUGCAUUUCAAUUAUCUCUUAUUUCAUGUACAUCUUAUUUUCUAGCUCCAAAAAUAAUUAAUAACUACAAGAAUUAAGUGUGAACAGGAAUGAUACAGAAUCAGAAUCAAAAUCAGAAAUACCCUAAUAAUCCCCAGGGGGAAAUUGCAUUCGUUACAGUGCUCCAGUGCAAAUACAGUAAAAGUAAAAAGUGUAAAAAAUAAUAGAUAAAACAGAUGAUAAAAUAGAUUAAACAAGUAAAAAUUUGGAGAUAAAUAGAUAAAAUAAGUAAAAUAGAUAAAAUAUAGAGAUAAUCUACAAGUAUUUACACUAUAAACAACACAAAUAGUGACAUCGUAUGCAUGUAUUACAGUGAGCAGAGUCCAGGUAAAGACUACUGACUGAGGGUGUCAGAGUCACUGAGGGAGGAGUUAAAAAGUCUGAUGACCACCAGCAGGAAAUAUUUCCUGUGGCGCUCCGUGGUGCAUCGUGGAGUGAGGAACCUUCUGCUGAAGGUGCUCCUCUGCAGGACCAGUUCACUACAGUUCAUACAACUGCAAAACGCCUUAAAGCGUAUGUGAGGAGUUUUAACUGUUUGAGGACUAAAUUUUAUGCUGAUACCUCUAUUUGACCCACAAAAGCAAACAAGACCAUCAGCAGCAAGACCGGUCAUUGCAUUGUAAUUUCAAAUCAUUCUGCUAUGGGGUAGGUGUCAGAAUGAACUGUUCUGUUAAUGUUUAAUGAGAGAAAUGUAAACUGUGUGGUCAUCUUGACAGUUGACAUACAUCCAGAUGAGAUUUGACAUCAGGAAAAAGUACCUACUCAAGACCAGGAUGAUCAGCAUAGAGAUCAGAGUCAGUGGCUCCAGUUCCUGCCAGGAAGCCAAAUGGGCUUGUGUCAACGUUGGUGCCUCUUGUGGACAAAGCAGGAAGAAUUGUUUAUUGUGAAUCUUUACAGUUAAAAAUGCAAAUAAAAGCUGUAUUGUACAUAGUGAUGUUACUCAAUAUGGCACUUAACCCUGUGGCAGCAGAUUUAGACAUUAGAAAUAACUAAAAUUACUCAGUCUUUGUACUAAUGGCUUCAUUUGCCUUCAUAGGUCAAACAGAGGCAUAUAUUUUCGCUCUAUUUAGUUUCAUAACCAACUAAACACUCCUCUCAGGAGCUCUAAAUUGAGCAGUGUGAUCAAAAGGAGUCAAAAAUGCUAAAUAAAUGCAAAUAAAACUUGUUUGCGUAAGCUCUAAUACCAAAUGCUGUUCCCCCAUGAGUCAAGACUUAUGUUGGGGCUGCCAAGUCAAACAAGUCUGGAUAAGCCCUCAGGUAGUGUACCUCUAAAAUGCAAUUCUUUUUUUUUUUUAGCAGAUGUUUGACAUCUGUGUGACGGAGUAAAAAUAAAUUGUAUUAAAAAUGUAACAGAAGCGUGAGUAGGAAAUCACAGUGACAGCCCAGACUAACAGGGUGCAGGAGUAUAUGGGCACCCUGCUCGGGAGUCACCUGCAGCCCCCAGACUGUAAUGAGGCCUCAGAGAGAGGAGUGACAGGGUUAUUAAAGGUGCUGGGAAUCUGGCUUCAUACCAGACUGGUAGUGUAAUCCCAGUCAGGCAGACUGGAUGUCAGGGCAGCUGUCAGAAGAACUGAACGCAAGAGUCACUCAGACCUGUUAUCAGGUCCUACUGCAAAGAUAAAGGGAGAUGACUGCUGUAUGUCCUCCUCAGGUUUAUUCAUGUGAUGGCAGAUUAUGUGGUUGUGACCAGCUGUUGUUUUUGAUGGAUCACACCCUGCUGUCCAAGGGGACAGUGUUCACAGAGCAGAUAACAGGGCACUUUAUAAUCUUUCUUUGGCCAAGGUGGCUCUUUGGACAUUAUUUUGAUAGCAUAGCUCUACUGUCCUGCACUUCCCCCAAACAUCUGAACAAAGUUUCUGUACAGAAACGCUCAAGAUAAUAACAUUACACUGUGUGGCUUGGUAAAUGUAGAUGACAUUGAGAGCUAAAUCAGUGAACAUGUAUGGCUUGUAUUUUUGCCUGCCUCCCUGACUCUUCUCUAAUUACCUCUAAAAUGGCCAGUUCAGUCCCUGCCUUAUAUAUCGAUUUCAAUUUUGUGCCGUCUCUUUCCACGCUUUGAUUGAUCCCUACAGGCAGCAAGACUAAUGAAAGCUGCUCCUUCUUGCACCAAUUUAUUUAGACAAACAUCCACUCAGUGUCUGGGACAGCUGAGCGAAGAAAGGCAGCGUCCUCUCAAAGGUCACCUGUGGAGUAACAUUGCCAUCCUUGCUGCAGGCACUGUGUGCCAAUGUACCCAGAGUGGCGUUCACACAUUUCAUUUAUUCGCCCACUUCAGCCUUAUGGCCCUGAGUUUCAAGGCCCAGGACCUGGAGCUUGUUGAACACUUACAGCUUUUGAGGACGACGGGUGUAUUGGGCAGAGACGUUGGAGGUCUUGCCUGCUGUAGAAGUAAUUUAGCACAUAGACAACACUGUCUUCCUGCUGUUUCCCCUGUCACCAUGCAAUGAUGGGACAAUCCUUUAAUCCUGUGUUAUCUGUCAGGCCGCUCAUGGGUGUUGACAGAAGCACCAAAUCCUCUCUGGCUGGCUAAGCACAUCCUUUUUCAGGGUGGUGGGGAAACAGGGUAUAUAAACUGUCCUGGUGUGGCAUAAGUUGUCAAACUUUAUCCAUGUGAAGAUGUCCAAAAUACACCUGACUAUCCACAUGUCAACAUUCCUCCAAUUAUACGGAGGUUUAAAUGUCAAGAUCAGUGCAUUAACCUUAUAGCUUGUUUUGUAGAUGUUUUGAAAGAGUGUGAGAAAAAAAUACAUUAUUCACGUAGCAGCAUGAUAUAAGAAUGAUGAGUAAACAAAUAUUCAAGCUGCUCCUUGUGUUUUAUACAACAGGCCGACAUUUUUUCCUCAUCUGCCCCCAAAAAACUCAAAAUUGGCACCAAUUAAUCUGAAGAUGGCUAAUAGACAGUUUAUUUUAAUCCGGUCUACAUCCAGAAGUAAAGUCUGAGCAUGCUCAGUGAGAAAUCAUUGCUUUUCUACUUUCAGUGCCAUCCUGUCUGUUGUUUGCAUUGAAUUCAGACUGUUUUGGUUUGUUCAUUGCAAACCCUCACGCUGUAGAAACAAUGACAUUGCAAUUACUGUGCAGCCCUUGGAGGAACCACUUGUAGGUAGUAGUGCAUGUAAAAAAAUCCAUCAUUUGCUCCUUUUCUGACAAUUCUUCUUCAUCACCCUGCUGUCUCCCAGAGUGACAGCUCCAGUGACAGCGAGAGCGAGGACAACUUCAUCGUGCUACCCCCUCGGGACUACCUGGGCCUCGCCAUCUUCUCCAUGCUCUGCUGCUUCUGGCCCUUGGGCAUCGUUGCCUUUUACUACUCUCACAAGGUAAAGGCCCACAGAGCUCGAUCCUGUCAUUAACUUUGAUUACAAUGCUUCCUCUUUAAGGUCAGCCAGCGUAGGUACUUAGACAAGUGCUACCACAGCCCAUUUUCCACCCUGUGACCCUCCUCGCAGUUGUUUCAGAUGAUUGACUAUGUAAAUUCAGUAGUUUCGUCUCACUCUACGGUUUUUAGUAGAAAACCAUUAACAUUGAGGUUUUGAUGAUGAGUGAAUUCUGUCUGAGAUGUGCUCUGGCUUCAUAUUAUUAUUUCCUCCAGAGCUCAGACCCCAUUUGUAAUACACUCCAAGAUUUUCAAAUGCAGCCCUGCAACCUCAAAGCGCACCGUAUCCAAGGUGCUUAAGCAACAUCUUCCACAGUAAUUGGAUAGACAAUUAUACAGACUAGCAAAUAGUGUGUCAAAAGAAUGAAUAAAGGCCAGGCUCAUUUUUUGAUAGGAAACCCAAACACCCAAACAACACAUUUGUCACUGUCAGCAGAGGUAUAAUGACCUAAUUGCCAUGGUUACUAAUGGCUCCCUGAGAGCAUUUCUUGUUUUCUCUCUUUUAACUGUGGCUUAACACCUACUCAUACACUCAGCGCUGAUGAGUAACACACCAGCUCAUGCCGCUCUCUGCUUUUUUUCCUCUUUUUUCUGUGUCAGACUGGCAAGGCCAUCUCUAAGGGAGACUUCUCCAGAGCAGGAAUGAACUCCAGAAGAGCCUUGUUCUUGGCUGCUUUGUCCAUCACCGUCGGGACAGGGAUGUAUGUGGGGGUGGUGGUGGCCCUCAUAGCCUACCUGUCCAAACCUGGACAUGUAUAGUACUGGUAUAGGUCUAGUAAAUAGAGAAGAAGAUGUGGUCAUCUGGGAAGAGAGGAGAAGACUGGGUUAUAAAAGAUCUCUUCGCUCUCCUGAAAGCGGGGGCUGCCUGCGAAAUGAAAAGACCAAACCAGAAAGACAGAGAAAACAAGAUGAGUGGAUGGACUGCAUAUUGAUCCGACUGACUCUUUAUUUCUGGGCUGAAACACUCCCACGGAGGUAUUCCACCACCACAAUAACAAAGACAGAGCAGACGGUGCAGAGAAAGAUAACUGCUCUUCCACAAAGACUUUGCUGUACUUACAUGAAAAAUCAGCUCAUUAAAUUGAAGAACUACCUACCUUUUGCCAUAGUCGUUGACAGCAGUUUUAUUUGACCUUAAUAAUAGGCUAGUUGUUUUCUUUGUCAAUGCUCUAACAGAUUGUGUAUUGUCUACUUUGUAAAUGAAUUUCUUGGGAAAACAGAUUGCCAGGAGGUUUAUUAAAAAAAUUGAUACCAGCAACUGAUCUAGUGGCUAAACAGAAGGGAGUCAACCUCAAGAAAGGUCAAAGGUCAUCCUCUAAUUGUACACAGAUUUUCAGAGCACUUGUCAGGACAGUAACUUGUGUAUAUGACGUACUGUGAAUAUAGUCAAUAAAAACAUUCGGCAUGAAUGAUGUGGCGUCUUCA